GGCGGCCCGGGCAAGGCGAUGACCUUCAGGGAGCAGGGCGUCUUGCUGCAUGAGUCGAUCGGCAAGGAGCCGAACUUGAUAUCCGUGCCCACUGCGCUCUUCGAUGUCAUCAACGGUGUUCUAGACUUCUUGGCUGGCCUGUGGCCCGAGAAGCUCUCGGACGUGGCAGAGUACGGCAAGAUCGGGAAAUACUACGCGACAGAAUGUAUGCUGGUGCUGGACAAGGAGACCGGCACGUACAGAGAAGACCUGACGCCGUCGUACGGUCGCACGUCGUUGCGGGACUUCCUCACCGAGGCGAUGAAGGAGGGCAGCACGCUGAUGGAGUCGCAGCGGCUGGGGGAGCAGGGCCUCGGCGCCCGGCUCGGCGUGGACGCGGAGUGAGCCGCCACCCUCCUUUGCCUCCUCCCGGGUGUAGCUAGGACCCUAGGUAAGGGGACCCGGCCAGGGCACCGGAUCCUGCAGGAUCCUGCGAAGACCCCCUCUGGCUGACCCCGGGUUAGCGAGCCGCUCGUUGCCGCGAGGCGGCCGCGCAUAUUGGUUGACCCGGGUUUGCGAGGCCUGCGUUGCAGUUUUUGUGUUCUUGCAUUGCAGUUUUUGGUUUCCUGCUGACCCGGGUCUGAUUGACCCGGGUUAGCAGAUCCCCGACUUGCAUUCUCCCCGCCGCGCCCCCGUCCGCGGCCGGCGUUCGGGGCUGGGUGCUGGGUGCUUUUUCAAACGAGCCCUGUUUUCUGUCGCAGCCGUUCUCUCCAGAA